AGUUUUGCAGUUGCUGUAGGGUCACAGGUUGGGGGUGUCAUGGAAACAGCUUGUCAUCUGUGUCACAGAUAGGAAUUCAUAUUGGGGUGAAGAUUGGGUGAAGGUCACAUGAAGAAUGGAUAGACAGACAAACCGAUCAUGGCUCAGAACCUGAAGGAUUUUGCUGGUCGUCUGCCCGCGGGGCCCCGUGGUCUGGGGACCGGUCUGAAGCUGCUGCUGGGUGCGGGUGCAGUGGCCUAUGCCGUCAGGGAGUCUGUCUUUACAGUGGAGGGCGGUCAGAGAGCCAUCUUCUUCAACCGCGUCGGGGGUGUGCAGAAGGACACCAUCCUUUCCGAGGGACUUCACUUCAGGAUUCCCUGGAUCCAAUAUCCGAUUAUCUAUGAUAUCAGAGCAAAGCCCCGAAAAAUCUCCUCCCCCACUGGGUCCAAAGAUCUACAGAUGGUGAACAUCACCCUCCGUGUCCUCUCUCGCCCUCUGGCCUCCGAGCUCCCUCUGAUGUACCAGCGGCUCGGCUUGGAUUACGAGGAGAGGGUCCUGCCAUCCAUUGUAAAUGAGGUCCUGAAAAGCGUGGUGGCCAAAUUCAAUGCUUCACAGCUCAUCACACAGAGAGCUCAGGUCUCUCUCUUGAUCCGUCGGGAGCUGACAGAGCGGGCAAAAGAUUUCUACCUGAUCCUGGACGACGUGGCCAUCACAGAGCUGAGCUUCAGUAGAGAAUACACAGCGGCCGUCGAGUCCAAGCAAGUGGCCCAGCAGGAGGCGCAGCGAGCUCAGUUUUUGGUGGAGAAGGCCAAGCAGGACCAGAAACAUAAGAUCGUCCAGGCCGAGGGAGAAGCCACCGCAGCCAAGAUGAUUGGUGAUGCUCUCAGUAAAAACCCCGGUUACUUGAAGCUGAGACGGAUCCGUGCAGCUCAGAGCAUAGCCAAGACGAUCGCUGCAUCCCAGAACCGGGUAUAUCUGAACGCUGACAACCUGUUCCUCAACCUCCAGGAUGACGCCUUCACCAGGUGAGGACCAUUUUUGACUUUACGGUCAGCGGUCACAAAAGGGACGCAUACAAGAGUAUGGCG